UCAGACAAGAAGAGGAGAGAGAGAGAGAGAGAGAGAGAGAGAGAGAGAGAGAGGCUGCAAUGGCGGACGAGAAGCCGCUUCGGAAGAUCGCAGAGGCGUUCGAGGAGCUAGAAGCCGCCGUGAAUUCGCAGACCGGCGAAGUGGAGGUGGCGCGGUUCUCCAAGGCCUGCGCGCUCGUCUCGCCGCUCUUCGGCUGCUUAGGGAUUGCUUUCAAGUUCGCCGAGAUGGACUACGUCGCAAAGGUGCAUGAUCUGGCGGAGGCGUCGAAGUCGAUCUCGACCCUACACGUGUUGCUGGAGAAGGAUAUGGAGGCGGGCUGUGUGAGAAAGGCGGGGAGUCAUUCGAGGAAUUUGUUGAGAGUGAAGCGUGGGAUUGAUAUGGUUAAGGUGUUGUUUGAGCAGAUUAUAGUCACCAAGGGAAAUUCCCUGAAGGAUCCAGCCUCGAAGGCUUAUCAACAGGUGUUUGCACCCCAUCAUGGGUGGAUCAUCAGAAAAGCAGUUGCUGCAGGGAUGUAUGCGCUUCCUACAAAGGCACAACUGUUGAACAAACUCAAUGAAGAUGAGACCUCAGCAAAAGCUCAAAUGCAGAACUAUGUUGCUGCUUCAGCUCCUCUAAUUCUGUACAUUGACAAACUCUUCCAGACAAGGAAUUUGGGUGUAGAUUGGUAAGACAGGAUUGCAUUGCAUUUAUGCAGAUUUAUAUAGAAUUGUCUAUUCCAUAUAUAUUUAUAAUAGUAAGUUAGAAACUUUCGUCUCAUGUAUUGAAUACAAAGGGAAAACCUUCAGUGUCUCUUGUACUCUACUUGUAAGUUGUAACUUGUAUGAAAAUCUUUAGUCUGGUUGGAUGUUCUCCUUAUC